GAAAAGUGAGAGAGGUCCAAUUUCCAGUUCUCUGUCCUCCCGGCUCUCCGGCGCUUCCCUUCUCUCACCUCCCCUUCUCUCUCUCUCCUCCCAGCCGCAUCCAAACCCUAACCCUAAACCCCUCCCCACCAACCUCCGUCCAAUCUUUACACCCCCAGUGACCUGGCUCCCCCCUCCGGAUUCUUCGCGCCGGGCGGAUUCGAUCGAUGUAGGUGAACGACCUCAUGAUGGGUGCGGGGUGACGAGGAGGGGAGAGAGGAGAGAGAGAGAGAGAGCAAGCGUCGAUGGCAUUGGGGGACCUCAUGGCGUCCAGGCUCGUCCACUCGUCGUCCUCGCCGUUGCCGCCCUCGGCGUCGCUGCCGAAUCACCACCACAACCACGUCAGAGAUGACCUCCCCGUCGUCGUGAAUGUUCCAGAGCGCAGAAAUGGCAUGGAGGCCGAUGAGGAGAAGCCGACGCCAGUGGCGUACCUGUCCCAGGUAGUGGUGCUGUGCGAGCAGCGCCACGAGGGACUCGACGAGGCUGCCGCGGCGGCGGCCGGGCCCUCCACCAUCGGGCUCGUCCCCAAGUGGCGGCCCAAGGACCGGAUGAAGACUGGAUGUGUUGCACUUGUAUUAUGUUUAAACAUUAGUGUUGAUCCGCCAGAUGUAAUUAAAAUUUCUCCUUGUGCAAGAAUGGAGUGCUGGAUAGAUCCAUUUUCUAUGGCACCUCCGAAAGCUCUCGAAAGUAUUGGAAAAACAUUGCACUUGCAGUACGAACGAUGGCAACCUAAGGCUCGUUACAAGCUUCAGCUGGAUCCAACAGUGGAGGAAGUUAAGAAGCUCUGUAAUACUUGCCGCAAAUUUGCCAGAUCAGAGAGAGUCCUUUUCCAUUAUAAUGGACAUGGUGUACCAAAACCUACAGCUAAUGGUGAGAUUUGGGUGUUUAACAAGAGUUACACCCAGUAUAUUCCACUUCCUAUUACUGAUCUUGAUUCAUGGCUAAAAACACCUUCAAUUUAUGUAUUUGACUGCUCAGCGGCUGGAAUUAUUGUUAAAGCUUUUCUAGAGCGCCUAGACUGGAGUUCUAGCAGCUCUGCGUCUUCACUGAAGGAUUGCAUUCUUCUUGCUGCCUGCGAGGCACAUCAAACUCUUCCCCAGAGUGCAGAAUUUCCUGCUGAUGUGUUUACAGCUUGCCUCACAACACCCAUCAAAAUGGCAUUGCACUGGUUUUGUAAGCGAUCAUUACUCUGUGGUUCUCUGGAUCAUUCUCUUAUUGACCAAAUUCCUGGAAGGCAAAAUGACCGUAAAACUCUUCUUGGGGAGUUGAACUGGAUUUUCACUGCUAUUACAGAUACUAUUGCAUGGAAUGUUCUUCCUCAUGAUCUAUUCCAAAGGCUUUUCAGGCAAGAUCUUCUGGUUGUUAGUCUCUUUCGCAACUUCUUACUUGCUGAGAGAAUCAUGAGAUCUGCAAAUUGUUCUCCAAUUUCUUUCCCGUUGUUGCCACAAACACAUCAACACCAUAUGUGGGAUGCAUGGGACAUGGCUGCUGAGAUAUGCCUUUCCAAGCUUCCUCAAUCAAUUGCUGAUCCAAAUGCGGAGUUUCAGCCAAGCCCAUUUUUUACGGAACAAUUGACGGCUUUUGAAGUAUGGCUUGAUCAUGGCUCUGAGGAGAAGAAACGGCCUGAACAGUUACCUAUAGUUCUUCAGGUCUUGCUUAGUCAAUCACACAGAUUCAGAGCGCUUGUUCUCCUUGGAAGAUUUCUUGACAUGGGACCAUGGGCAGUUGAUUUGGCCUUGUCUGUCGGAAUCUUCCCUUGUGUACUCAAACUGCUCCAAACAAGUGCAAUGGAGUUGCGUCAAAUUCUUGUGUUCAUAUGGACAAAAAUUCUCUCUCUGGAUAAGUCAUGCCAAGUUGACUUGGUUAAAGAUGGAGGGCAUGCAUAUUUUAUCAGAUUUCUUGACAGUUUGGAUGCUUACCCAGAGCAGCGUGCAAUGGCUGCUUUCGUUUUAGCAGUUAUUGUGGAUGGACAUAGAAGGGGUCAAGAGGCUUGUAUUAAUGCAGGUCUUAUAGAUGUUUGCCUGAGACAUCUUCAACCUGAGAAUCUUCAUGAUGCACAGACAGAGCCUUUGCUUUUGCAGUGGCUGUGUUUAUGCCUCGGCAAACUCUGGGAAGAUUUCCCUGAUGCUCAGUUACUUGGUCUGCAAUCAAAUGCGCCAGAAAUUGUUAUCUGUCUAUUGUCGGAGCCUCAACCUGAGGUCAGAGCUUCUGCUGUUUUUGCACUUGGGAAUCUCCUGGAUAUGGGAUCUUCAUCAUUGAAUGGAGUUGAUGACGAUUCUGAUGAUGAUGAAAAGGUGAAAGCUGAAAUAAAUGUUGUUCGAAGCCUUCUACAGGUGUCUUCAGAUGGUAGUCCCCUUGUUAGAUCUGAGGUUGCUAUAGCGCUUACCCGCUUUGCAUCGGGUCACAACAAACAUCUCAAAUCUAUUGCUGCUGAGUAUUGGAAACCUCAAACCAAUUCAUUGCUGAAGUCACUACCAUCAUUGGCUAAUAUAAGCAAUCCAAGUAAUGUUUACAAUCCCAACAGCAUUCUACAAGGCAGCAGUGGCCUUGCUUCUCAUAUAGGACCUGUGCUAAGGGUCGGCAGUGAUAGUGGUGUCACUGACCGUGAUGGAAGAAUUUCUACAAGCAGCCCGAUUGUGACAACUAGCAUCAUGCAUGGCUCUCCCCAAUCAGAUGAUUCUUCCCACCACUCUGAUUCAGGCAUAUUACUGAAAGAGAAUGCAAGUAAUGGUGGUCUCAGCUACACCAGGUCAAAGCAUGUUGAUAGUGGAUUUUUUUCUCAAUUUAUAUCGACCAUGUGUUCUGUUGCUAAAGAUCCUUACCCAAGAAUUUCAACCAUUGGUCGGAGAGCACUGUUCCUCAUAGGUGUUGAGCAAGUGGUCAUGAAACAUACUAGAUUUAACAGUGGAGGUGCACAUCAAGGAGAGACAUCUGCACCUCCAUCAAACUCUGGAAUGGCACGCUCUUCUUCCUGGUUUGACAUGAAUUCUGGAAACUUCUCAAUGGCAUUUAGGACCCCUCCUGUUAGCCCCCCUCAGCAUGAUUAUCUUACAGGAUUACGCCGAGUGUGUUCUAUGGAUUUCAGACCACAUCUUAUGAAUUCACCUGAGGGCUUAGCUGAUCCCCUUUUAAGCUCUGCUGGAGCUCCCAGUAAUGCUGAGCUAAGUAUACUUCCCCAGUCAAUAAUUUACAACUGGAGCUGUGGUCACUUCUCUAGGCCACUUCUAACUGGUUCUGAUGAUAACGAGGACACAAAUGCUAGAAGAGAAGAGAGAGAACGAAUUGCACUAGAUUACAUUGCUAAAUGCCAGCGUUCGUCAGCUUGCAAGAUGACCAGCCAAAUUGCUAGCUGGGAUACGAGGUUUGAGUUGGGUACAAAAGCAGCAUUAUUGAUGCCAUUUUCUCCGAUCGUCGUUGCAGCUGAUGAAAAUGAGCAAAUAAGAGUGUGGAACUAUGAUGAUGCACUACUGGUGAACACUUUCGAAAACCAUAAGUUCUCUGACAGAGGGCUAUCUAAGCUUUUGCAUAUCAAUGAGCUUGAUGAGAGCUUGCUUUUAGCUGCCUCAAGCGAUGGGAAUGUCCGCAUAUGGAAAAACUUUACUCAGAAGGGACGACAGAAACUUGUAACUGCUUUUUCAUCAGUUCAGGGUCAUCGAGCUGCCGGUCGCAGUAUUGUGAUCGAUUGGCAGCAGCAAUCUGGUUAUCUGUACGCAUCUGGUGACAUGUCUUCUAUCCUUGUAUGGGAUCUUGACAAGGAACAACUUCUCAGCACCACCCAAUUAUCGGCUGAUAGCGCUAUUUCUGCUCUGUCUGCAUCUCAGGUCUGCUCUGGUCAUUUUGCUGCUGGUUUUGCCGAUGCUUCUGUCAGGAUAUUUGAUGUUCGCACUCCUGAUAGGCUUGUCUAUAUGACCAGUCCACAUGCCCCAAGAACAGAAAAGGUUGUGGGCAUAGGGUUUCAGCCUGGGUUUGAUCCAUUCAAGAUUGUAAGCGCAUCUCAAGCUGGAGACAUUCAAUUUCUUGAUGUUAGAAGGGCAUCAGAACCCUACCUCACUAUCGAGGCACACAGGGGUUCGCUUACAGCACUAGCUGUUCAUCGGCAUGCCCCAGUUGUUGCAAGCGGCUCAGCCAAGCAGAUGAUUAAAGUGUUUAGCCUUGAAGGAGAACAGUUGACGAUAAUACGCUACCAGCCAUCUUUUAUGGGCCAAAGAAUAGGCAGUGUAAAUUGCCUUUCUUUUCACCCAUACAAAUCACUCUUGGCCGCUGGUGCUGGUGAUAAUGCUCUUGUCUCUAUCUACGCGGAGGAAAAUUACAAGUAAGAUGAGGUCUACAUCUCGUGACAUGCAAACACAGUGCAACCGGUGGGCCUAUGUUUGGCCAAAUGAUGGCUCCACGCCAUGGUCCAGCUACAGCAUCCAAGAUGAUGUGAAGCCUGGUCACCGACAUGGCGGUGAUGGCGCCGUGGCUUUCGGUGCAUAUUGCCUGUUGGACGAUGUGUGCAGUUUGUAAGAUAGAUCACAAGAUUCAUUAGCCUCCUUGCAGAAGGUUGUCAAACCCCACCCUGGUCUUGUCAUUGAACUUGGAGGCUUCCCCCAAAUAAUCAUACCUAGGUUAACCAAAAUGUAAAUAGUCACCUCAUCCGGAUUGUCCUUUGCUGAUGUCCUUCCUUUCCAAAGUGUAAAAAGGCUUCACAUCAUAAGCCAGGUUUGGUAGGGGCUGCCUGGGCAAGUGGUUGUGCAUAUGGGCCCAGGUAGAAUGCAUGCACAUGUCCCUCACACAGAUGUUCUCCAAUAGAUAGUUGCAUUUGUCCAGCUAAUAUAGCAGUAGAUGGGGUUAGUAUGGCCUGCAUGAAUCAAUGCCCUCCAGCCUUAGCCUUGCAUUGUAAUCAUUGGACAGAUUGUCCAUUUGUAUAUAUGAAUCGUGUUUGUACAGUUGUCAGCUAUCUGGUCUCAAGAUGUAAUGUGUGGAAGGAUGUUUUUUCCUUGGGUAUAGUUUUCAUCCCAGAAGUGAAAGAAAGAAAAAAGAAACAUGAGCGAGCUGUUGAAGGCUUGAGGUCUUGUGGUAUCUGUCUACGUAACUACUUUCCUGCGAUGAUGUCUUGAUACUGGAGGUGCAUUGAUGGAGUAGGCUGUGCAUCUGUGAGGGAUUAUCUACCCAUUGGCGAUCUGCCUGGCGCAGAGAUUGAAGCUAUACAACACAGCUUGUGCGUGUUGGGUGGAUGUGCUUAAGCAGUUAAGCAUUUGCUUCAGAAUUCAGAACUUGGAGGAGCCAUCGGGAAACCAUGGAAAGUUGGUCAACCUUUAUUGUUCUAUUCUUCAACAAUUGAGGAGGGGGAUACAUAUACCUGGAUAUGUUGUUUCUGGGCAGUGAGUUGUAGAGCAAAUGUACUGAAUGAAACUGUUGAUAAUGGCAAUACCACCCGAUCGUGUGCUCUGCUAUUUGUGUGCUUC